GUAAUUACAAUCAACUUGAGUGGCAAAUCACAUAACCCUAUUCUAUAUAACCCCAACCCACUGCCACAUCACUACCAUCCUAUUCACCAAAUUCUGAGCAAUCAUCAUUCACUGAAGCAGAAGCAAGCAACCAACCAAAUAUGGCUAUGGCAUUCAAGAUGGCGACGUUAGGGAUGAGAGUGACAGAAGAAUGCAAAAACUCAUUCAUGGAGAUGAAAUGGAAGAAAGUUCACCGGUACAUCGUGUUUAAGAUCGAUGAAAAAUCCGGUGGAUUCACCGUCGAUAAAGUCGGCGCCGCCGGUGAAGGUUAUGACGACCUCGCCGCUUCUCUUCCCGACGACGAUUGCCGUUACGCUGUCUUUGAUUUCGAUUUUGUUACCGUCGAUAAUUGCCGCAAGAGCAAGAUCUUCUUCAUCGCUUGGGCUCCAUCAGCAUCAAGGAUUAGAGCAAAAAUGUUGUAUGCAACCUCAAAAGAUGGAAUAAGAAGGGCAUUAGAUGGAAUUCAUUACGAAGUUCAAGCAACUGAUCCUAGUGAGAUGGGAUUCGACAUCAUAAAGGAUCGCGCUAAUUAGUUUUUUAGAGUUAAAUUUAACAGCCCUUAUAAUCUCAAAAUCAAUCUGAAAAUGUUCUAAUUAAUGUGGUUUUCAUCUUCUUUUUUUAAUGACCUUAGAUUUAGAUCAAAGGUAGUAGUAGUAUCUUACUGGAGGAGCUUUAAUUAAAUAUGUUGUUUGUUAGUUUUGUUGCUCCCCUCCCUUUGAUCUUUUUUGUUGUUGUGUCUCCUUUUUUUGGUACUUAAAUAUGAAGCUAAUCUUGUAAUCUUGUAUUUUUGUAUGUUAAUCCUCUAAUUUGAUAAAAUAAUUGAGGUGGGCAAAUGUACUAAUCAAGUAAUAAAAUAGUAUUACUAUCAA